UCUCACCUCUUCUUUUUGAUACUUUUCCUCCAUUUUCCCCAGUCGCCCUCCUGCUGAUCAUUCUCAGGCUUCAGUGCUGAGUGACGUUGCAACAAACCCUUUGAACCCGUCAUUCCACGACGCGUAUACAACUUGCGACGACGAGCUUUGACGGCCCCACGAUAGCCAUUGGCCUCUAAUUUCCCGCUCUUUAAAGCUCAUUCAUAUUCCUCUUCCUCAAUUUCCCCUCAAAUCUUGAAAAUAUGGCGAACCCACCUCAUGGCGGUAUCCUCAAAGACCUCAUUGCGCGCGAUGCGCCGCGUCGAAAAGAGCUCUCGGCAGAGGCCGAACAGCUCCCUGCCAUCUUAUUGUCCGAGAGACAGCUUUGUGACUUGGAGCUCAUCUUGAACGGAGGAUUUUCUCCUUUAGAAGGGUUCAUGAGCGAGAAGGACUAUAACGGGGUCGUCUCAGACUGUCGGCUUGCAGACGGAAACCUGUUCAGCAUACCUAUUACACUUGACCUCUCGAAAGAGACGAUAGAAGAGCUCGGAGUAAAACCCGGUGCUCGUGUCGCACUUCGCGACUUUCGUGACGAUCGAAAUUUGGCGAUAAUCACGGUUGAAGAUGUCUAUCUGCCAGAUAAACAAAAGGAGGCCAAAGAAGUAUUUGGAGGCGAUUCAGAGCACCCUGCGAUCAAGUACCUCUUCAACACUGCUCGGGAAUACUACGUCGGUGGCAAGAUCGAAGCUAUUGACAGGCUGAUGCAUUAUGACUAUGUUGCGCUGCGAUACUCUCCUGCUGAACUCCGCCUGCAUUUUGACAAGCUUGGCUGGUCCAGGGUUGUUGCUUUCCAGACAAGAAAUCCUAUGCAUCGCGCACAUCGAGAGCUCACUGUCCGUGCCGCUCGUGCUCGUCAAGCCAACGUUCUGAUUCAUCCUGUCGUGGGUCUUACUAAGCCAGGGGAUAUAGAUCACUUUACUCGUGUACGCGUCUACCAAGCACUUCUCCCCCGUUACCCCAAUGGAAUGGCUGUUCUCGGUCUUCUUCCUCUUGCCAUGCGUAUGGGUGGUCCCCGAGAAGCAAUCUGGCAUGCCAUUAUCCGAAAGAAUCAUGGCGCGACGCACUUCAUUGUCGGACGUGAUCAUGCCGGUCCAGGCAAGAACUCGAAGGGUGUUGACUUCUAUGGUCCAUACGACGCACAGCAUGCAGUUGAGAAGUACAAGAGUGAGCUCGGUAUUGAAGUGGUGCCCUUCCAACAGAUGACGUACCUUCCGGAUUCAGAUGAGUAUAAGCCAAAGGACGAGGUUGAGGCUGGUGUCAGGACGCUGGACAUCUCUGGAACUGAACUUCGCAAGCGACUCCGAACAGGUGCCGACAUCCCAGAAUGGUUUUCCUACCCCGAGGUCGUCCGCGUUCUGCGCGAGUCCCAUCCGCCGCGCAGCAAGCAAGGCUUCACCGUCUUCUUGACUGGUUAUCAAAAUUCUGGCAAAGACGCAAUCGCCCGCGCUCUCAACGUCACUCUUAACCAGCAAGGAGGACGGUCUGUCUCUCUUCUCCUCGGUGAGACCGUCCGCCACGAGCUAAGUUCAGAACUCGGAUUCACGCGCACCGAUCGUGACAUAAACAUUGGACGCAUCGCCUUCGUCGCAUCGGAACUCACCAAAGCCGGCGCGGCCGUGAUCGCAGCACCAAUCGCGCCAUUUGAAGGCCCGCGCCACCAAGCGAGAGAAAUUGUCGAGAAAUAUGGUAGCUUCUACCUUGUCCAUGUUGCAACCCCGCUCGAGUACUGUGAGAAGACAGACAAGCGCGGUAUAUAUGCCAAGGCGCGUAACGGCGAGAUCAAAGGCUUCACGGGUGUGGAUGACCCGUAUGAGACGCCGGUAAAGGCGGAUCUCACGGUCGACAUCUCGAAGAGCAAUGUCAGGACCAUUGUGCACCAGAUCGUGCUAUUGCUCGAAGCGGAAGGCCUGUUAGAGCAGCUAUAGGCGGGUAACGUCGGGGGUGGAUUUCUAUGGCGACAGGGAAUACGGCUCACCAGAGGUUGGUUGCAGGAUUAUGUGAUUAUAGACAAGUGUUUGGCCUCCUUGCGAUAGACUGGGCAUCGAAGCUUGACUUGAGGUCAACUUAAGCUUAUGCAUCGGAUCGACAUAGGGAUUACCGGACAGAUGCACGAAAAGUAAAGAUUUCCUUGUUUCUGACAUCUGGGCUUGCGUGUGGCUGUUCGGUCAAAUCUUAGCUUCCGGUUGGAAGAUGUGCACGUGGGGACAAGGGAAGGAGGGGGAUAGAUGAUGAUCAAUGCAUGCAGGUUCAGUUGGUUCCCGAUCACGCAAUUCACCAGCGUCUUGCGUAAUACGGGGGUUAGCGAGGGGGAUGGAAGCUCAAGACUUUAGCAUUCUUAUGCAGUAUCUCAGGCAUCCUUAGUUGACACAUCAUAUUGAGAU